UCACUCGUUUUCCCUUCUUCACUACCUAUCUUCUCGAUUGUCUCCUUCCCCUGCAGCGGCCACCAACGACGAAACCACCUCUUCUGCUCUACGAAGAUGCGGUCUGGCGGGAUAAGGAGAAUGGCUGGCUCCUCAAGUAGUAAUGACAGUGAUCCGUUUGAAACGAACAAGAAACAAAAGCCCAACAGUGUUGAGCAUGCUGCUUCUGCCUCCUGCUCUGCACAUUCUAGCUCCCAGCCCCUGCCAUGGGGAGAGUACGAGGUGUUUCUGAAUUUCAGAGGUCCAGACAAAAGCCCAACAGUCUAAGGUCUAUGUCCCUAUCUUCUCCGAGAAUUACGCUGAUAGCAAAUGGUGCCUCAGAGAGCUUGCAGCAAUUGUCGAACGCCAAGGGAGAAACCGGGGCUGCAUCAUUCUCCCCAUUUUCUAUAUGGUGGAUCCUAGAGACGUACGGCAUCAGAGUGGACCUUACCGGAAUGCAUUUCGACAGCACGAGCAGAAUGUUGAUGAAGAGACCAUAAGAAUUUGGAAAGAUGCUCUCAAUAAGGUUGGAGCUCUGAAAGGAUGGCAUGUCAAAAGCAAUGACGAGCAGGGGGCUAUAGCAGAUCUUGUUACUGGCGUCGUGUGGUCACAUCUAAGUAAGAACAAUAAUGUCUUAGAGAUCGAUAAGUUGAUUGGAAUUGAUGAUCACGUAGAAGCAGUAAAAGAAAGUAUGGCUCUAGACUCUCCAUGUAUGAAAAUCGUUGGCAUUUACGGUAUGGGUGGUAUUGGCAAGACUACUAUCGCCAAGGCUGUAUAUAACGACGUAUCUGCUCAAUUUGAUCGAUGUAGCUUUGUCGAGAACGUACGAGAAAUGCUAGAACAAAAGGAUGGUGUCAUCACUUUGCAGAAGCAUAUCGUCUCUAACAUUUUGAUGGUGAACAUUGCUGAAUCCAUUGUCAACAACAGUGAAGGAAUCAGAGCUAUAAGAGAUGUUUCUCGGUUCAAAUUUCUUGUUGUUCUUGAUGACGUGGAUGAGACGUUUGAAUUUGAGAAGAUCUUGGGAAACAUGGAGAAUUUUGUUUCGGGAAGCAGAUUCAUCUUUACGUCUAGAAACGUAAAAGUUUUGAGUAUGUUGGCUGAUGAUAUCAAGUUAUAUAGAGUACAAGAAAUGAGUCAUCAGCACUCACUCCAACUCUUCUGCAACUAUGCAUUCAAAAAGGAUAUUCCUCCAUCAAAUUAUGAGACUUUGUCCAAUGAUAUCGUAUCGGUUGCAGCAGGACUUCCAUUGACACUUAAAGUUGUGGGUUCACUUUUAUUUCAAGAAGAGGAAGAGAUUUGGAGAGACAAACUGAAGCAGUUAAAAGAGAUCCCAGAGCAGAAGGUUGUAGAUAGGUUAAAGAUAAGCUACGAUACAUUAAAUGAAGAGGCGAAGCGGAUUUUCUUGGACAUUGCUUGUUUCUUUGUUGGAGAGGACAAAGAGAUCGCUUCCUAUAUGUGGAGUGAUCUUGGCUUUUUUCCGACAACUAAUAUUAACAUCCUCAAUCAAAGGUCUAUGAUCGGAAUUGUGGUUGCAGGUUCUAGAAAAAAACUAAUUUUCCAAAUGCAUGAUCAACUCAGAGAUAUGGGUAGAGAAAUUGUACGCCAAGAAAACAUAAGGCAUCCAUGGAAGACAAGUAGGAUAUGGUCGAAGGAGAAAGCUCUGAACGUGUUACUUAACAAAAAGGGAACAAACCAAGUUGAGGGCAUCAGAAUGCGCUACAAUAAUUUUGAAAUCUUAAAGAACCUAAAUAUGGAGGAGCUUGGAACGAUUUCGAAAGAGUGCUUCAUGAAUUUAUCAGAGUUGAGAUACUUGGACAUAAAUGUUAGUGUGCUCAUUGACGACUUUGGUGAUUACAUUCCGAAUUUAAGAUGGCUUCGAUUGAGGAACGGACCUUCCGAUAACUUUAAUGUGGAAAAUUUGGUGAUUCUUGAAGUCUCAAGCUUCUCAUGUACGAGAGUCGACUCGGGAGGCUUGAAGCAAAUCAAGAUGGCGAGCAAGCUCAAAGUUCUGAAGCUUUCUGGUUAUUGGCUGAACGAAUUUCCCCAGUUCCCACAUUCUGGGAGCCUUGAGAUAUUAGAACUGGUUGAUUCCUUCCGCCAUCCGUUGAUCCGUAAGGACCUGGAUAUUGGGAAUUUGAGGAACCUAAAAGAGCUGCGUCUGGGGGAAUGCGGAGUAAGAGAAAUAGCGGGCGGAAGAAUUGGGAUGAUGCCAUGGGAGAACCUGAAAGUGCUAUAUCUGGACGACUGUGAGGUAAGAGAGAUAACAGGCGGAACCCUUGGGACGAUGCCGUUGGAAAACAUGAAGGCGAUGCAUCUUCUUCCAUCAUCUCUAACCUCGCUCUUCGUUAUCAAGUGUCCAAAGCUGGAGUGGCUCCCCAAUCUAGAUAAUCUGGUGAACUUGACUGGCUUACAUAUCCAUGGCUGUCCGGUCCUGAAGGAGAUCCUUGGUCUCCAAGGACUGAAAUCCUUGGAAACUCUGAGCCUGAGUGGUCUGGAAGCUGUGCGCAGCGUGGACGGUCUUGACAGUCUCUACUCUUUGAAAUCCAUACAAAUUAACGCUUGUUCGGCGUUGGAAAGACUCGCCAGCACGGCAUCUUUGAGCCAGAGACUUUUUAUAAGUAUCCGUAACUGCCCUUGUCUCACAGAAAUCCUUGGCCUUGGAGGGCUGCAGCCAUGGGAAACAGUUCACCUUCAUGAUGUACUGAGGUUAAGGCGUCUCCACGGCUUUGAAACUGUCCCGCCUCUGAUCAUGUUAGGAGGUGUAGUUAUACGCAACUGCCCUCUUCUCACAUCACUAGCACAGGAAGAUAGGCCUUUGCAACAGAAUGGCUAAAGGCUCAAAAGCAGAUAUUCGCGGGGGUAUCAAAGCAUUUGGAGUACUUCCAAAGAUGAGGCCUCGUUGUGUCAAGCAAUGUUGUUUCGCGAGCGUAGACGGUGUUCUGAAUUAGGUGGCCGGAGUCGUGUUUCGAAUUGGGAGUCCACAGUGUCCAAUUCAUUCUGACGUUUGAGCAAUUCAAGUUUGGGGAGCAGUCUGCAUCAGACCAUAUGCUGAUCUGUGGUGGAAAUUGGGAAACAGAGUACAGAACAGGGGGAAACAGAGGAAUCCUACCACGUGUCCCUUUCCAUCCAAUCCUUCAUCUUCUUCUCUUCUCCAUCCCUUUUCUUCUUCGAUCUCUCUCUCUCUCUCUCUCUCUCUCUCUCGCUCCCUCACUCCAAGAAUGGAUCCCUUGCGUGGAUUGCAACACCACGGCGGCUGCACCGCUGCCUCGCCCAGGCUCCACCUCUCCGAUCACCGUUCUCAGUCCCUCCACCGCCGCUGUCAUCGUUCUUCGAGCACUCAUUUCCUCCGCACUCACAGGAUCUCAUUCCCUCUCCGUCACCACCACGUCCUUCUCCCGAGAAUCGCUUGCCGCGUUUCUCCUCCUGAAACCAGGGAUGAAGAAAGGAUGGACAAAUCCAGGUCGAAACAGAAAGUGCAGCUCAAUAUUCGUCUCGAUCACCAAGUUAAAUUUGGUGAGAAUGUAGUCAUUUUGGGAUCAGUGAAGGAGCUGGGUUCAUGGAAAAAGGACGUGGCAUUGAAUUGGACGGAAGGUGGAUGGGUGUGCAAAUUGGAGUUGGACGGUGGUCAGUCUAUUGAGUAUAAGUUUGUUGUUGUGAACAAGGACAAGCGCACGUCGUGGGAAGGUGGUGAUAAUCGGAGGCUGAAUUUGCCCAACGAGGGGAGUUAUGAGAUGGUAUGUAGGUGGAAUGCAACUGGGGAAGGUAUUGAUCUGUUGCCUGCUGGAUCGGAGCAGAAGCAGGACAGAACAGAGAAAAUAGGCUUUGAUGGACCUAGCAGUGCUCCUCCCACGCAUGAUGGUGAGCCGAGCCCUUUUGUUGGACAAUGGCAGGGAAAGGCUGCAUCAUUCAUGAGGUCCAAUGAACAUAGGGACAGGGAAGGUGAUAGGAGAUGGGAUACUUCUGGUCUUGAGGGAUUGUCUCUAAAGUUAGUCGAAGGUGAUCGGAGUGCAAGGAAUUGGUGGAAAAAGCUUGAAGUUGUCCGGGAGCUGAUAGUUGGAAGUCUUGAAAGUGGGGAGCGUAUGGAUGCUCUCAUAUACUCUGCCAUCUAUCUUAAGUGGAUUAAUACAGGACAAAUUCCUUGCCUUGAAGAUGGAGGACAUUACAGGCCAAAUCACCAUGCUGAAAUCUCUAGGCAAAUAUUUCGGGAGUUGGAAAGAAUAUCUAGUAGAAAGGAUACUUCUCCACAGGAAGUGCUUGUUAUUCGGAAGAUCCAUCCUUGUUUGCCAUCAUUUAAGGCAGAAUUUACAGCAUCAGUUCCUCUAACUCGCAUUAGGGAUAUUGCUCAUCGGAAUGACAUCCCUCAUGACCUUAAGCAAGAAAUCAAACACACGAUUCAAAACAAGCUUCAUAGGAAUGCCGGGCCAGAAGAUCUGGUUGCUACGGAGGCGAUGCUUGCACGAAUCACCAAGAAUCCUGGAGAGUACAAUGGGGCAUUCGUGGAACAAUUCAAGAUUUUCCAUCAGGAGCUUAAGGAUUUCUUCAAUGCUGGAAGUCUUACUGAGCAGCUUGACUCAGUUAGAGACAGCUUUGAUGAUAAUAGUCUUUCUGCUCUCACAUUGUUUUUGGAUCACAAAAAGAACUUGGAUGCUUCAAAACGGUCGACCAACAUAGCGAAUUGAUUGAGACCAUGCAGUCUCUGAAUGGUCUUAGAGAUAUGAUUGGAAAGGGUCUUGAAAGUGGUCUCAGGAAUGAUGCCUCUGAUGCUGCUAUAGCUAUGCGUCAAAAGUGGCGUCUUUGUGAAAUUGGCCUAGAAGACUACUCUUUUGUACUGUUGAGCAGCUUAUGUUCCAAAGACAAAGAGUCAGCCCUGUCUGUUGCAGACUGGUUCAACCAAAUUGUCACCUGUUUCUUCGCAAUCUAUUCCCUCAAGCAUCCAUUUAGGAUUACAAGAACGGUUAUAUUUAUUACAUACUAAGAGGAUAGCAAAGACAUUUGAUGGAUCCAAUGGUGUUCCUACAUUAACACCAGUGCAACCAUACGAUGACACAGAAGCAUGGAAAAGGAAAGUUGCAGCCAUAGCUGGAGGUGUUGGUGCAGUUCUUCUAGUAAUUAUCAUUGUGGUAAUCGUUUACUUGUGCAUUAAGAAAUUGGCAGCACAAACUUCUGAAAGGGAGUCCUCUGCACAAUCUCCAACAACUGGGUUGGAAAUAGUUGGAACUCCCACUUAUGCUAGUCCUCAUCCUCCGGGCACACACUUCCUGAGAUUAUUGACAAUUGAGGAGUUGAAGCUGGCGACACGAAGUUUCAGUGACAGCAAUAUCAUAGGCGAAGGCUUGCUUGGUUUGGUUUACAAAGGACUGCUUCUUGAUGGAUCUAUUGCUGUCAUAAAGAGAAACAUAUAUCAUCCUGUUCAGAACUUUGCUAAUGAGGUUAGACACAUCGCUUCGGUCCAGAACCAGCAUCUUGUAAAGUUUAUUGGUUAUUGUGAGGAUAGGCAGCAACAGUUCUUGUAACUGAAUUCAUAUCCAAUGGAAAUGUGGGACAAUACCUCUAUGAUAGUGAAGGUCUGCCUGUUGGGAAAUUGGGUAUCAAGCGUAGACUGGCCAUAGCCUUAGGUGCAGCAAAAGGGCUUCGGUAUCUUCACAGUUUGGUCCCUCCUUUCCUGCACAUGCAUUUCAGAACCAGCAAUGUGCUUGUGGAUGAAAAUUUCACUGCUAAGGUAUCUGACUAUGGAAUCUACAAGUUGGUAGCAGAAACUCUGCACCCGGGAUCUUCUUCUUCUGUAGAUCACUUCCUUGAUCCCGAGUUGAAUUCGUCGAGGGACUUCUCAGAGCUCAGUGAUGUCUACAGUUAUGGAGUAUUCCUACUAGAGCUGAUCAGUGGACGUGAAGCACACGGAAAGCAUCAAUCGAAAUCAGACCAAAAUCUACUGCUUCAGGCUAGGGAUAGCAGCCUCAACGACUUCGUGGACAAGUCGCUCCAAGCUAAGGAUCGAACGAAACGAAUCAUGGUGGAUCUGGCAUUGAUGUGUGUGGAUGUCAGCACAAGGAGACCUUCAAUGGAGAAGGUUGUCAAAGCGCUCGAAUGGAUUCGAGGGCGGGAAACUGGGCAUGUGGAUCAUGACUAUGGUGAGGAGAUUGGAGCUGUAAAACUUGGGAGUGAACUCUUCAAAUGACCAGACUUUAUUUAUCUCCUGUCUUUCUAUGGAUUUACAUUCAACUGCUAAUUAGUGGCAUUCUUUAUUGGACGUAAUAUUAGUACCAAAGUUCAAGACUUUAAGCCAUCCAUCAACUUGCAAAUUGGUUCAGACUUAUUAGGAGAUAGAUUCAAUCUGUCUGCCUUCUCCUUCAAGAUUAAGGAAUAGGGUUGACUAGGAUGGCGGCAAUCUAUGGAUGCUGAAUGUGGCUUGAAUUCU